ACUUGCGCGCGUGGGCAAUUGGUAAUUGCUAUGUGCUGUAGUCUUUUACAGAAAGUUACUGAAUUAUCUAUCUCGUUUUUUUAUUCUAUCCUAAAAAUAGUAAGCUAAAAAGCUCGUUUGUCUAAAUGACUUCACUCCCACCAGGUGACGAAGUUAAAGAUCUACUGGAGAAGAUGACUCUUGGUGUUGUUAAAACUUUAGAGAGCAAGCCAGGUGUUUGUGAUGUACAAUUUGAAAACUGUACACCUGCAAAGAAAAGUGCUAUUUAUUCCUGGGAACAGAGAAAUAUGUGUACAUUGCCAAAUGACCUGAAGGACUUCUUUUUGACUACAAAUGGCCUGUCAAUUCAAUGGUCGAUUAUAUUUGAUGGUGAAACUUUGCCAAUAGGAAACAUCCAAGUUAAUUCAAUUGCUUCCCUGGUGUCAUUAAACCAGUCGCAUUCCUCCGAAGCGCCAUCGUUGUUGGAUCUCGAUGAUAUAUCGGACGGCGAAGGCUUCCACGGUCACGACAAACCGCAUUUCGAUCAAAGGAAUAAGAUUUACGAGUUGGAUUCUUGCCUCGGAUGCAAAGUUUGUUUGGUCUUCAAGAAUGUUGCUAAUGGUGGCAUGAUAGAUACCUCUCCAGAAAUCUGGCUGCUGGAUCGUUCGUUGAGCUGGAGUUUCUUGGCCUUCUUUGAAAAUUAUUUCAGAAUGCUAAUAAUUCAUCUUGGUCUGCCGUUAUGGCAAUAUCGUUUUUCAACAGCUGGUCUCAGUACGGAGACGAAGGAAUGGUUCAAUCUUUACGCGCCCAGCCGGGUCACGGAUGACUUGUCUGAUGAACACAUGAACGUGACGUCAGCUGAACAGACCAAUCAACUAGACCCAAACCGCGUAUUUAAGGGGAAAGCAGAUAUUGUGAAAGUGCAAACGAAGCAAGGAAAGAAAAAGCUAGCGGCUAGAAGUACCACUUCAUCUAAAUCUCAAGGAACUUCUGCAAUCAAAUCUCAUCGAUAUUAGGACGAGAGACAGAUACCUCGAAUCGGGACGGUCAAUUGAACAAAAAAGAUUUGUGUGCACGUGAUGCUUUCAUGGACAACACCUUGUGCCUAGAAUCUGCCUGUGGUCCACUAAAUGCUUACUACCACAUCGGAGACCGGACCGGACAGCCCUUGUUUGGGAUGCCUUUUAACCAGAUUAGUCGAGCUAUGGAAACUAGGCGUGGAGGGAACUUUGGAGCGAAUCGGUAUUAGUAAGUAGUAACACUUUUAGCCAUGUCCUCACGGAUGGACACCCCCCUUAGCUUAUUGUGAACUAGACUUAGCUUUUAGUUGCUUGGUAUGUUUUAAAGAUGUUUGAAUUCGAAAGAUCAACCCCCUUUAUGGACGAAUGUCGCUGCUGGUUUGUUGCAUGAAUUGCAAAAUGAUUCAAUUUGUCUGCCCCCUUCCCCUAUUCGCUUGGUCGGAUCCAACCAGUUUUCUUGCUAUCGCAGUUCGGGAUAUCGGAUUUCGAACACAUAUCGGCCGCUCUAUGCCUGGCUGUGUCUUACUUUCUGAAGUCGUGCAGAUAAUUAGUUGCGCAGAGACUAAGAAUUAUCAAUGAAAUUUAAACGCAGAACAUCUUUAAUUUGCUUGCUUUGAAAUAUCCCAAACGUGCGUCAAAAUUAUUUCUUAUAUAAGCAGAAUAAGAAGUAUUUAUUAUCAGCAUGAAGUUAGUAAACUUCUAGGAGAGCAGCGACAUGUAUUGACUACAGUUCACAAUUCCUUUGGAUGUAUCAUUGUCCUAUACCGCAGAGCUGCAUAUUUAUUCUCAUCAUGUUCCUGUGCUAUUUUCUUACUUUUGCCUUUUUGGCUUUCUUUACCUGGUAUAAUCAAACUCUACAGUAAAUGCAACAAAAAUCAAAUCAGCUGCUUGAAAGUCUGCUCAACGUGGCCAUUUUAAGAUUUUGGCAAAAAGUAGUAGCAAUAGAUCUUUAAAAGAUUUAUGCUGUGUCAAGUUUGCUUAAAGUUCAGUGUCUACGUAAAGGUUAGAGCAUGAUCACGUGUGUUCACAUGUGUUAAAAACAAUGUACUCAUCUUACAUCGAAGUUUUCAUUGCCAUAAUAUUGCACAAACGGUUAUAUUCCAGCUAUAGAAAAAAGAUCAAUGAAACUCAGCCAAUUUUGAACUUUUUUCUUUGACUGUAAUCUUCCUGGGGACAUGUUGUUUUCUAUAGUUAAUAGGAAUAAAAGAUAAGUGAGCUGCUUUCUUUCCUGAAGUUUGCCCACUUGAAUAUCAAUGGUGAAGAAGCAAGAAAGUAGUCUGACAUCUAAUAAAUGUCCACCUUUAUUUAAUUCUUAACAGCCAUUAGCUAUAUAUGACCCCUAUAUCUUUAGUUUUGUUCAAUUAUAUAUAUAUAUAUAUUUAUAUAUACUCUAGCUAUCUAGUCCAAAGUUUUUAUUUGUUUUAUUGGAGGGUGGGGGUGAGGUCGUUAAAAUACAGUAGUUACCUUCACUGAACACAAUUAAUAUGAAAGAACAGAUCAUGAUCUUAAAAAUUUUUUCAAGGCAAAAUAGUGCAUCCCUAGUUUUGACUUGUCCUCACUAAUAAAUCCUCUAGAGUUCAUUCAAUUCCCCAGUUUUAGUGGGUCUGACUAUAUAUUUACUCUAGUUAUGUGUACUCAUGCUUUAGAAGUUUGUUUCAUGGAGGUGAAAUUAUUUAUAUAUGUACACCUCUAAAAAGACCUUUGUUUAUAUGUAAAAUUUGCAUAAUAUACAUAUAUAAUAUAAUAUGAAAUAAAAUGUAUAUGAAGUUAAAAAGUGCAUAAUAUCUGUUUAGAUGGAGCAAUAUAACUGUAAAUUAUAAUCAAACAAUGUUUCAAGAUGAUUCACUACAUUGUGUUUUGUUCGUGUAUAUAUAUUAAUUUGCAAUCCAAUUAUAGAUAUACCAAGAGAUA